GCACCGGCCAGGUGUGGGCUUGGGUGGUUGGUUACCGCCUUUUGCACUGGCGGCAGCGAGGAGGGGGGGUGGGUGCUCUUUCUUUUUCUCUUAGAAGAAGGUUUUAGCACAGGUUUUCUCGUUCUCACUUCCACCCCGCCUCACCGCCUCCCGACCCCCCUUCUUCCCCUCCCCACCUAUCGUCAUGACGGCGUCUCCGGAUUACUUGGUGGUACUUUUUGGGAUCACUGCUGGGGCCACCGGGGCCAAGCUGGGCUCGGAUGAGAAGGAGCUGAUCCUGCUGUUAUGGAAAGUCGUGGAUCUGGCCAACAAGAAGGUGGGACAGUUGCACGAAGUGCUAGUUAGACCGGAUCAGUUGGAACUGACCGAGGAGUGCAAAGAAGAAACUAAAAUAGACGCCGAAAGCUUAUCCUCCGCGCCUCAGCUGGACCAAGCCCUCCGACAGUUUAACCAAUCAGUGAGCAAUGAACUCAAUAUCGGGGUAGGGACUUCCUUCUGUCUCUGUACUGAUGGGCAGCUUCAUGUCAGGCAAAUUCUGCAUCCUGAGGCUUCCAAGAAGAAUGUAUUACUACCUGAAUGCUUCUAUUCCUUUUUUGAUCUUCGAAAAGAAUUUAAGAAAUGUUGCCCUGGUUCACCUGAUAUUGACAAACUGGAUGUUGCAGCAAUGGCAGAGUGUUUAAACUUUGAGAAGAAUAGUUCAGUCUCCCGUUAUGGAGCCUCUCAAGUUGAAGAUAUGGGGAAUAUAAUUUUAGCAAUGAUUUCAGAGCCUUAUAAUCACAGGUUUUCAGAUCCAGAGAGAGUCAACUACAAAUUUGAAAGUGGCACUUGCAGCAAGAUGGAACUUAUUGAUGAUAACACUGUAGUCAGGGCACGAGGUUUACCGUGGCAGUCUUCGGAUCAAGAUAUUGCAAGAUUCUUCAAAGGACUCAAUAUUGCCAAGGGAGGUGCAGCACUUUGUCUGAAUGCUCAGGGUCGAAGGAAUGGAGAAGCUCUGGUUAGGUUUGUAAGUGAGGAGCACAGAGAUCUAGCACUGCAGAGGCACAAACAUCACAUGGGGACCCGGUACAUUGAGGUUUACAAAGCAACAGGUGAAGAUUUUCUUAAAAUUGCUGGUGGUACAUCCAAUGAGGUAGCUCAGUUUCUUUCCAAGGAAAAUCAAGUCAUUGUCCGCAUGCGGGGGCUCCCUUUCACAGCCACAGCUGAAGAAGUGGUGACCUUCUUUGGACAGCAUUGCCCCAUCACUGGAGGGAAGGAAGGCAUCCUCUUUGUUACCUACCCAGAUGGCAGGCCAACAGGGGAUGCUUUUGUCCUCUUUGCUUGUGAGGAAUAUGCACAGAAUGCGUUGAGGAAGCAUAAGGACUUGUUGGGUAAAAGAUACAUUGAACUCUUCAGGAGCACAGCAGCCGAAGUGCAGCAGGUGCUGAAUCGGUUCUCCUCGGCCCCCCUCAUUCCACUUCCAACCCCUCCCAUUAUUCCAGUACUACCUCAGCAAUUUGUGCCCGCGACAAAUGUUAGAGACUGUGUACGUCUUCGAGGUCUUCCCUAUGUGGCCACAAUAGAGGACAUCUUGGACUUCCUGGGGGAGUUCUCCACAGAUAUUCGUACACAUGGGGUUCACAUGGUAUUGAAUCACCAGGGCCGCCCAUCAGGAGACGCCUUUAUCCAGAUGAAGUCUGCAGACAGAGCAUUUAUGGCUGCGCAGAAGUGUCAUAAAAAAACCAUGAAGGACAGAUAUGUUGAAGUCUUUCAGUGUUCAGCUGAGGAGAUGAACUUUGUGUUAAUGGGGGGCACUUUAAAUCGAAAUGGCUUAUCCCCGCCGCCAUGUAAGUUACCAUGUUUGUCUCCUCCUUCCUACACAUUCCCAGCUCCUGCAGCAGUUAUUCCCACCGAAGCUGCCAUUUAUCAGCCCUCUGUGCUUUUGAAUCCUCGAGCCCUGCAACCCUCCACAGCAUACUACCCAGCGGGCACGCAGCUCUUCAUGAACUACACGGCCUACUAUCCCAGCCCCCCAGGUUCGCCUAAUAGUCUUGGCUACUUCCCUACAGCCGCUAAUCUUAGCGGUGUCCCUCCACAGCCUGGCACGGUGGUCAGAAUGCAGGGCCUGGCCUACAAUACUGGAGUUAAGGAAAUUCUUAACUUCUUCCAAGGUUAUCAGUAUGCAACCGAGGAUGGACUUGUACACACAAAUGACCAGGCCAGGACUCUACCCAAAGAAUGGGUUUGUAUUUAAGGGUCCCAGCAGUUAGACCAUCCUCAGAAAAGAAGUGUUUGAAAGAUGUAUGGUGAUCCUGAAACCAUCAGACACAAGAAAACUUCUAGCAACUUCAGGGGAAGUUUAUCUACACUCAGGCUGCAGUAUUUUCAGCAUACAUGAUUGGACAGUGGAGCUGUGCCUUAUCUUUUGGUGGAGUGAAAAAUUUGAGCCAGUGAAGCCAAAUCUUUACAGCGAAGCAGCUCCUUGCUGAGUGCAAAUAAGCAUUUAAAAUGUGAAUUUGAAAUCAAACGUCUCUUAUUACUUUCAGCUAAAGUGGCAGGACAGGUGUUUCCUAAGUUUAAGUCUUGGAUUAAAAAAUAUUCCACUGGUUAUCUACCAUCUCCACCAUGAACCUGUUAUGGAAGCUUCAUUUCUGUAUAUCCCCCCUCCCUUUUUUUUUGCCAUCUCCCUGUCCUCUGCACAAUCAUGCCUUCUUGGCUAAGUAAUUCAAGCCCAUGGCCUUGGACACGUAAAUCACAAACUUAAGGAAUAAAAUAAAACUAAUAUUUUCC